CUGAACACUCCUGCUGAAUGCACGCUCCAGCUGCUCUCUCAUUGAAAAGAAAUGGGUGUGACCCAUCAGGGGCGGGUCUCGUGUCGGUAAGUAAAAACUGGAUUAAAUUACCUUCCUUUAGGACAUGCCCUCUUCUGUCAAAAGGUAGCACAGCAGACGACGAGGGAGGCAACAACCAAGUUGGAAAGGACUCUGUGAAGCCCAGGAGAAAGUGAGGAGGAGAAGGGCCACCGAACCGUUCCGCAGCCUGGACUUCACAACAAGCCAAACACAAUGACUGACGCUGAAGCUGACGUUGGGCUCCCAACAAUCGAACGGAAACCGGGUCUCCAGAUAUGGACCAUAGAGAAAAUGAAGAUGGUGCCUGUUCCAGAAAAGGCUUACGGGAGCUUCUUCGAAGGGGACUGUUACAUCAUCGUAAAUAACACAAAGACCCGGACCGGAUUUGCCACGGACCUGCACUACUGGAUCGGUCGUGAGUCCUCCCAGGACGAGCAAGGGGCGGCCGCUUUCUACGUGACGCAGCUGGACGACCUGCUUGGAGGGAACCCGGUGCAGCACCGAGAAGUGCAAGGCCAUGAGUCAGCGGCCUUUAAAAGCUAUUUCAAGAAAGGCAUCAUCUACAAGAAGGGAGGAGUUGCUUCGGGGUUUAAGCAUGUGGAGACCAACAUGUACAACGUCAAACGUCUCCUCCACGUCAAGGGGAAGAAGCACGUGACGGCUACAGAGGUAGACCUUUCCUGGAACAGUUUCAAUCGAGGUGAUGUCUUUCUAUUGGAUCUUGGCAAAGUGAUUAUCCAGUGGAACGGACCUUCUUGCAACGUGGCCGAGAAAUCUAGAGGAAUGGUCUUGGCACGGAGCAUCCGUGAUGGAGAAAGAGGAGGCCGUGCUCAGAUUGGCAUCGUGGACGACGAGAAGGACUCCCCGGACCUCAUGCAGAUCAUGAAAGCAGCCCUGGGGGAAAGGCAGGGAGAGCUGAGCCCGGCCCUUCCGGACGAGAAGGCCGAUGAACUCCAGAAAGCCAACGUCCGCCUUUACCAUGUUUAUGAGAAUGGCAAGGAUUUAGUGGUUCAAGAAAUUGCUACCCGGCCCCUUACUCAAGACCUCCUGAGACAUGAGGACUGCCACAUUUUAGACCAGGGUGGUUUUAAAAUUUACGUCUGGCGAGGAAAAGAUUCCAGUAAGGAAGAAAAGAAAGCCGCCUUCAGCCGUGCAGUGGGUUUCAUCCAAGCCAAAGGAUAUCCUGCCAGUACGAACGUAGAAGUCAUAAACGAUGGAGCGGAAUCCGCCAUGUUCAAACAACUCUUCCAGAAAUGGACAGGAAAGGACGAGACGCAUGGGCUUGGCAAGGCAUACAGUGUCAACAAGAUCGCCAAGGUGGAUCAGGUGAAGUUUGACAUCACUCAGCUCCAUGCGAGACCCGAAUUAGCUGCUGAGCAACGAAUGGCAGAUGAUGCUUCAGGGACAGUCGAAGUUUGGAGGAUUGAGAAUCUGGAGAUGGUCCCCGUCAGUCCCAAGACCUAUGGCCAGUUCUAUGGCGGAGAUUGUUAUCUCGUCUUAUAUACUUACAUCAAAUCGGGAAGACCUCAUUAUAUUAUCUAUAUGUGGCUUGGCCGCCAUGCUUCAGUCGACGAAGUUACAGCUUGUGCCUUCAAUGCUGUGGAGCUGGACCGGAAAUACAACGAUGAACCUGUGCAAGUUCGAGUGAUGAUGGGGAAGGAGCCACGGCAUUUCCUGGCCAUCUUCAAAGGGAAUUUGAUCAUUUAUGAGGGGGGCACAAGUCGUACCGAAAAGACCGAGCCUGAGCCCGCUGUUCGGCUCUUCCAAGUCCGAGGUGCUGACGAGUUAAACACCAAAACCAUUGAAGUCCCAGCCAGAGCAUCCUCUCUCAACUCCAAUGAUGUCUUCCUCCUCAAGACCAACCAAGUCUGCUACUUAUGGUGUGGGAAGGGAUGCAGCGGUGAUGAACGGGAAAUGGCCAAAAACGUGGCCGACACCAUCUCCAAACGGGACAAACAAACUAUUCUGGAGGGUCAAGAGCCAGCAGACUUUUGGGCUGCCCUUGGGGGCAAAGCCCCAUAUGCCAGUGACAAAAGGUUUCAAGAAGAGGUGGCCCACUACCAGCCCCGUUUGUUCGAAUGCUCCAACCAGACGGGACGGUUCAUCAUGACGGAGAUCAUGGAUUUUGGCCAGGAUGACUUGGAUGAGGAUGAUGUGAUGCUCCUGGACACCUGGGAAGAGAUUUUCCUUUGGAUUGGCAAGGGUUCCAACAGCUACGAAAAGAGCGAGGCCAUUUCUUCGGCCAGAGACUACCUCAAGACCCAUCCGGCCGGGAGAGAUCAAGCCACCUCGAUCAUCAUGGUGAAACAAGGCCACGAACCUCUGAACUUCACUGGCUGGUUUACUGCUUGGGACCCAUAUAAAUGGAGUGAUGGCAAGACCUACGAGGAAAUGAAGAGCAGCCUUGGAAAUGUAUCGGCCAUAUCGGAGAUCACCGUGGACCUGAAAAAUGCCAACCUGAGCAACAAGAACACCAGCAAUAAGCCAACUGUGACCAAUUCGGCUGCUUCAAGGACCGGAACAACUUUGCCAACUCACCAAACAAACCCCGACAAGAGCAACAGCAACUACAACAACAGCAACGCCCCUUUGCUGCAGACCGGUGGGAACGGUGUGUUUGCUAGAGACCUCCUGAUCAAUAAGGCAGUGGAUGAGCUUCCGGAAGGUGUGGACCCCACCCAGAAAGAGCGCUAUCUGUCGGAUGAAGAUUUUUAUGACAUCUUUGGGAAAACCAGGGACGAGUUCUACCAGAUGCCCAAGUGGAAGCAGCAGAACGAGAAGAAACAACAUGGAAUCUUCUGAGCAAAAGAAGGCAUAGAUAUAUAUAUAUAGCCCCCAGCCCACCCUGACCUUCUCUUGGCUGCUUGGAACUCAUUGACCGGAUGGACGAUGGAGUGGUCAGCUUGGUACAAGUGGAAGGAAAAGAUGCUUGAAAGAAAUGCCUCUCCGUCUUGACACUUUAGAGAACACACACACACACACUCCUGGAAUCAGUGCUAACAAAGAAAGUUUGGGUAGAUUAUAUUUUCUUAUCUUGGCGACCGCAAAUAGGCCGCAAUGGACAUUUUUCUUCCCAUUUGGCAUGUUUUUGGAAAUUCAAUGGGGCAGCGUUGUAGAUUUUUUUUGGUGGGAAGGGUAGCAAAGUGUGGGUACAUCCACACCACACAUUUAUAGCACUUUGAUUCCACUUUAACUGCCAUGGCUAUGGAGUUCUGGGGUUGGUUAUCUUGUGAGAUACUUAGAAUUCUCCAUGGCACUGUGUUGCGUUCCCUAGUUGUUGUUGUUCUGUGCCUUCAUAUCAUUUCUGACCUAUCUCAAGGUUUUCCUGGCAUGGUUUCUUCAGAAUAGUUUUCCCAUUGCCUUCCUCUGAGGCUGAGAGAGUGUGACUCAACCAAGGUCAGCCAGGGAGUCUGCAUGGCUGAGCGGGAAGUUGUAGUCCAAUGCUCAAACCACGAUUUGGCACUGCUUUUUAUUGUUCUCAAGUAAAGAAGCCCGACUGUCUCAGAAAACUACACAUCCCAGGACUCCAUACACCGAAGUCAAGACAAUUAAAGUGGUCUGAAACUGAUAUAUUUGUGUCCUGUGAAUAUACCCAAAGUUUAUUAUGUUUAAAACUAAAUCCUGGAAUCGGGGUUUACUGAAUGUACAAGGCAACAUCAAGGGGAAACUUAUGGAAUUCCAGGCAUAGGUCUAGACCAGGUAUGGGAAAACUUUGGCCCUUAUCCAGGUGUUUUGGACUGUUAGGAAUUGUGGGAGUUGAAGUCCAAAACACCUGGAAAGAGGGCCGAAGUUUGCCCAUGCCUGGUCUAGACUGUAGGACAUUAUGUAAAAGAGAUUGCAAAACUCAUCCAACCUUUACUCAAUCCUGUAUGCAAGAGAAAUAUGGAGAGGAGAGGGUUUCAUGGGGGAUAAUAGGACCCAAUGAUCUGAGUGGCACUGUAACAAGGCAGGUCUAACAUCAAACCAAAGCCUAACUAUCUUGCAAAAUUUCGGUUAGGCUGAAUGUUAGUUUGCUUUUAGUGGCAGCAGGUGUUCGUAUAAACUCCAAAAGAGCCAUCCAAAGGUGCCAAACCUAUCUUGGAAGUUGGGUUUCAGCACUGGGUCGUCAUCCCAAUGACAUAGGGAACUAUCUACACUUUAGACUUGUUUUACAAAGCCUGUAGCCUUCUCUGCCAAAGAGUGCUAGUGCUUCACCAAAUGACAAUUUCCCAAAUUCCAGGACACUUAAAGUGGUAUCGAACUGCAUCCAUUCGACAGUGUAGAUGCACCCAUGGAAGCCACCUUCUCCCUGAACCAACAUCUGCUUUCUCCCCUCACCCAUCUUUUGGGUUUUUUCCCCCCAACUUCCUUUUUGUCUUGAAAUGUUAAACAUCUAUCCAGGGGUUGGCUUGAGGAUUUUGGGCACUGAAGGGUACAAGGUUGAGGAAGGCUGAACCCAUUUCUUGAGAAAGGCCAUCUCCAGGUAAUGUCUAGACCACUGGAGGUAUAAUGACUGUCGAAGAUCCUGCUGCUGCAAUGAAGGAUAUCCAUAUUAUUCAACCACGUGCUUCCAUAUCUACUCAUGGAGAAGGAGGCCUACAACAUCCAAGACCCUCUUGACCUUCAUCCCUGAGGCCUUAGGAUGGUUCCAAUAGUCUUGCUUUGCCUUUGCUUCAUCUAGGGAUGCUCAUUUUUCACCUGGGGAGGAAAUUUGGUGUAUAAUCCAGAAUGAACAUCUUUGAUGGCCUUCCCAUUUCUUGUUGGAUUACAACGCAUCACUACCAGCUGUGCCAGCUAAGACUCAUAUGGGUUGCAGUCCAAAAUUUGGAAGGUGACAAACUGCCCAGUCUUAGUGUACGCCAUAAGAGAAAAUGCCAGUCUCAGGAGAUUUAUUGCACAUUCAGCUGCCUCUGAAUGGGUGUCGGUGGAGCCAAAAUAAAAUCGAUUUCUGCCAAACUC